UCCUAAGUCUCUCGUGGUCUUUUUACAUUGAAGUCCUUCUUCUUCUCUGCUCGGCUUACUGUAGUUAGCAAACAUGACAACGCUGCGACCCUUUACCUGCGAUGAUUUAUUCAAAUUCAACAACAUAAAUUUGGAUCCUUUAACUGAGACUUAUGGGAUCCCAUUUUACCUGCAGUACCUGGCUCACUGGCCAGAGUACUUUAUUGUUGCUGAGGCUCCUGGUGGGGAACUGAUGGGCUACAUAAUGGGGAAGGCAGAGGGAUCUGUUGCUCGCGAGGAGUGGCACGGUCACGUCACCGCUCUGUCUGUGGCUCCGGAGUUCAGAAGGCUCGGGCUGGCCGCCAAGCUCAUGGAAAUGUUGGAGGAAAUCUCAGAGAGGAAGGGAGGAUUCUUUGUGGAUCUGUUUGUGCGAGUGUCCAACCAGGUUGCUGUAAACAUGUACAGACGUCUGGGUUACAGCGUGUACAGGACAGUCAUCGAGUAUUACUCUGCCAGCAACGGGGAGCCCGAUGAAGAUGCUUACGAUAUGAGGAAAGCUCUGUCCAGAGACACAGAGAAGAAGUCGAUCAUCCCGCUGCCACACCCGGUCAGACCGGAGGAUAUUGAAUAACAUCAGAGUGUGGCUCUCUGACUCGGAUCUGCCGUCUUUAUUCUGCUGUGUUGUGAUUUCAGCUGUAGUUCAGUGACCAUGUAAAUAGUGAAAAUGACACACAAGCGCCUUUUUUUUCUGCUUCAAAGUCGGAGAGCCACUGAAUGUACAAAACGUUGCAGUUUUUAGUUUUUAUUUCUUAUAAAUUUGAAAGAAAGUCAGUUGAGAAAACACACAAAUGAGUCUAAGCGGUGUAACGACACAGAGAAAAGUUGCAAUAAAGAUGGCUCGUGAGCUGAGUUUUUUAAAAAAA